CGCCCGCUCGCCGUGCGGCGGGGAGCGGCCGGGCUCCGCGUUCCGUCGCCGCCAUGAUGCCGGCCUUGGCCGCCCAGCGGCGGGGCUGCCGUGGCCUCUACCGCCUGUACCUGGGGUGCCAGGCGGCGCCGCACCCCCGCGCCUGCCACGGAUGGCAAGCUUCAAUGAAAAGUGGGAGUCUGUCUUAUAUUCUACCAUGCAAUCGUCUGCCUGUGCAGUUGGUGAGUCAAGUGAGAGUUUAUACCUCCAAUGGUCAGAAAAAAGAUCUUGGAUCAGAAGAUACAAAUGGAUCAACCCCCGAAGAAACCCUGCAUAAAGUUGGAACAGGUAGACAAGAUACGACCAAUGCAGGUCAAAAGCAGUCUUUCCUUAAAGAGCCAAUCCAAGUAAAAGUGAAAGCAGUCCUUAAAAAAAGAGAUUAUGGACCAAAAUACACGCAGAAUAACUUCAUCACUGGAGUCAGAGCAAUAAAUGAGUUUUGUCUUAAAUCCAGUGAUUUAGACCAGCUGAGGAAAAUUAAACGACGAAGCCCCCAUGAUGACACUGAGACUUUCACUGUGUACCUGAGAUCGGAUGUAGAGGCAAAGUCUCUUGAAGUUUGGGGUAGUCCAGAGGCUCUUGCUAGAGAAAGAAAACGACGUAAAGAGGCAGAGAUCAAGUACAGAGAAAAUCUAUUUAGAAACCAAAGGCUGUUGAGGGAAUACAAGGAGUUCUUUGGAAAUACUAAGCCACGCUCCAGUGCAGCAGCUAUGUUUUUCAAGGGACCAGGGAAGGUGGUAAUGGUAGCUAUUUGCAUAAAUGGGUUGAAUUUUUUCUUUAAGCUACUUGCUUGGGUUUACACGGGUUCUGCAAGUAUGUUUUCAGAAGCCAUACAUUCUUUAGCAGACACAUGUAAUCAGGCAUUGCUAGCUUUGGGCAUCAGUCAGUCUGCAAGGACGCCUGACCCUAGUCAUCCGUAUGGUUUCACAAACAUGCGCUAUAUUGUCUCCCUGAUUAGUGGAGUGGGCAUUUUCAUGAUGGGUGCAGGACUUUCUUGGUACCAUGGGAUCAUAGGUUUACUCCACCCUCAUCCUAUAGAAUCUCUUCUCUGGGCAUACUGCAUUUUAGCAGGGUCAUUGGUAUCUGAAGGAGCUACCCUUCUUGUUGCUAUAAAUGAAAUUCGCAGGAGUGCUCGAGCCAAGGGUCUGUCAUUUUAUCAAUAUGUUGUGCAGAGUCGUGAUCCUAGUACAAACGUGGUGUUACUGGAGGAUGCUGCAGCAGUUCUGAGUGUAGCUGUAGCUGCUACCUGUAUGGGUCUGACUUCUUUAACAGGAAACCCUUAUUAUGACAGUGUGGGGUCUCUAGGUGUUGGAACUUUGUUAGGAACUGUGUCAGCAUUUCUAAUCUACACUAACACUGAAGCCCUGCUGGGACGAUCCAUUCAACCUGAACAACUGCAACGACUCACCGAGUUGCUGGAAAGUGAUCCUGUAGUAAGAGCAAUUCAUGAUGUUAAAGCCACAGACAUGGGAAUGAGCAAAGUGAGAUUCAAGGCAGAAGUAGACUUUGAUGGACGGGUUGUUACUCGUUCUUACCUGGAAAAACAAGACAUUGAACAGCUGCUCCAAGAAAUUCAACAAGUGAAAACCCUUGAAGAAUUAGAAGCCUUCAUGCUUAAGCAUGGUGAGAAUAUCAUUGACACACUGGGAGCUGAAGUAGACAGACUUGAGAAGGACCUAAAGCAACGAAAUCCUGAUGUUCGUCAUGUGGAUUUGGAGAUACUAUAGACUUGGCAGAAGAAAUCUUCAGGUUGCUACCAUUUUGGAAAGAAGUCAUGUAAAGGGCUGAAAAGCUUCUGAAAUUGCAGUGACCUCAGCACCAUACCUCGCUUACUUUUGCUGUAGGCUUCCUGGACUGUUAGCACUGCUUCUGUUUCUGGAAGAGCGCUAGACUUGCAGACAAAAAUUCCCAUGGCAAAAUCAGUUUUAAAAAGCUACUUGACUUAAAUUCCACAGGAGAGUCUGUCAGAGCAUAUUUACUGCAAUUCAGAACUUAAGACUUGGGGUUUAGUUAGGCAAAUACAGCUGCCUGAAAAUAUACAACACACUUAGUUUUUCCAUUUGGUGUCCCUUUGCAGUCAGUUUGCACUUCUUUAGUUUCUUUCAAGAUAUCAUUAAAGGUUCUUGGGAGAUAUUAAGAUUAGCUAGGAAGAGUUUGUUCCAGUGGAACCUGCCAACCUUAAACUAAUUGUAGUAUUUCAACUGUGUGAUUGUUUCACAGUUUUUCUUUUCUAUGAGAUAAAUUCUUUCAAACAGGCGCUGGCCCUCUCUCAAGUACCAUGACCUGGAAACCUGCUUUUUGCCACCAUUGUGAUUACCAACCGCACUUCAGAAAAAUAAGGUUUUUCUCCUCAGUGGAGUCAGCUAUAUGUGGUUAGCCAGAGUAUGUUAAGUUACUGGGAAGAAAUUACUAUGUAGAGAUUUCAGUGAACUUCCUCUGUUUAAAUUUUGUUCUUUUUUCCCUACUUUGACACUUGUUCUCUUAUUUGUAAGUAUCUUCAGGUGUAAUCUGGGAGGUAUUUAUGGUAGCGCUUAUUAAAAGUUACCUGGCAUUUUUGGCUUUUUAUACUUUUAAUAGGCUGUAUUGCCAGAUAUGGUCUUUGCUAGAAGGUGUAAGAGAUGUAGUUGGAAGUUACAAUAGUAAAAAAUGUAUUAGAACUAUUUAUAAUUAAACAAAUGAAUACAUUGUAUUUUUAAUUUAUUUAUCUCUAGACAUUAUCUGUUAUCCGAAUUCUAAACCGCUUAUUCUGUGUUUUUUAACAAUUGACCUUGCUUGUUUGGAAAAGUAAAGUAAUUCUCUCAGUGGUCCUCAACAAUCCUGAGAUAAGCGCUUAGACUUUAUAACUUUGAAAUGUGCAAUUCUAGCACUGUAUAUAAUCAGCCUCAAGGCUUUCUGCAGUAGGCACCCAAGUUGUACCAGAUUCUUUGAGACCCAGUCUUUAUUAAUAAAGGCUAUGAGUACUGAUCAUGCAAAUUGAAAUAUAAGUGAAAUAACUGCAUAUAAAUAACUGAGGAAAAUCCUUUAUGCACUUUAACAUAUUUCAGUAAAAUGAGAAUUGCUCAUGGGUGAGAGGUGGUAGUAAGACCCUCCUAUGGACUCCGUUGCUAAGUAAUGACUGACUUGCUGAAAGAAGAAAUGUUGAUAUGAAACACAAGUCUUCAAAAAUCAAUUUAAGAUUAAAUUAUAAGCAUUGCAGCAAAUAAUAAUUGUGGAGACCAAUAUGUCCAGAUUUGACUAAAAGCUUUUUAGAAUGUUUUUUUCAUAGUAAGUGUCACCAGUGAAUUACGAGAAUUUAAAAUAGCAUGCCUUUUGACAACUGCAAAGCACUUUGCAUGCUGGUCAUUUUAAGUAGAAAAACAUUCCAGAGUUUAGUUACAGAUGGGACUUCACAUACAGUAAUUGUGGGUGAAGGGAUCUCUUUAGUACCCUUGUCCAUAACCCCUAUUCACCGGUGGCUUCUUUAUAGCAUAUUAGUUUAUUAUGGCUAAUCCAAAAGGUGGCUUACUUCAUCUGGUUUUCUCCUAUUGUAGAACUAGUUAGUAUAUUUAAGCCUGAUGAUUUGAAAUGCAGUUUAAAGGUAAUUUGGAUGUGUACUGUACCAAGUAAAUAAGGCAUAUUUUAGCACAUUAUAAAUCAUUCACCUUUCUCCUCAGUGUUCCAUGUAAACUUCAUCUCAUCUCAGUAUGCACUCUGCUGAUGUUAGUCUUAUUCAUGAAGACCACUGGAAUCUGAUAAUGCAUAACCUCUUUCCUUCUUCCUAGGAUAUUUAUAUGGAUUUUGAAUUUGAAUAAACACUUUAAUAAACCCGUUAUUCCAGAAAUCUUAAAAACCUGAAGAGAAGUAAAACUGGGAAAACCUUCUUACUGGGGAGGUUAGUGAAGACAGCCAAUGUGAUCUAAGUGGUUUGUAUGCUUGAGUUACUGAUGAAUGAGUAGUGUUAGUAUGCACUUUGCAGGGCAGAAAUUUCACUGAGAGGUUAGUAAAUGUUAUCUCAAUACCGAAGUGUUCCCAUAUCUUGUUUAGAGGAGGCAUGAGUUUAUAUUCUUACAGGGCAUCUGCUCCAAAAGCCUAUAAAAAUGUUUUUUUAGUCAUCAGAGAUGUAAUUUGUAUGAAUUCUGAUCUUAAUUUCCUUAUCUGAGUCAGAAGCAUACCCAUCCACACACCUUUUGUUUGUAUUCCAAGAUAAAAUUCAGAUCCUUGUCUCCCAAUAAUGUUACUGAUUAUAGCAUCACAAUAUGUCAAAUUUAAGAAGCCGGAACUUGAAUGUUUUUGGGUACGUAACAGUUGCAAAGUUUGAGUUCCAUUUUUAAAAAUUACCUGGAUGGUGAUGUACCACAAAAAGGCAGGCAGACUGGUUUUGGCAGUACCUUGUAAGUUUACAUGUCUUGCAGUUGGAUGAAAAUAGCGAUUCAUUGAGCCUGCCGGGUUGGAAAGGAAAAGUAAUUCCAAGCUGUUACAUUUUAAUAUAUGUUAUAAUUUGCAGAUUGUUUUUAACAGUUUUGACAUUUUUUUCUGCUUUUUUUUCUUCACUGUCUUCAUGGUCUAAAACUUGAGGUGAUGUGGGUCCAGUACUUAGUUUACCUUUGUUUUAGUGUUUUUGGGGAAAAUGUUUAACUAGUACACUUAUAUGAUAGAAUCCUCAGAAUUAAAGAAAACUUAUAAAGUGUGGAGGACUGGAUUUUUUCUUUAUCACAAAUGCAAUUACAUAAUGUUUCUUUUAGACUGAUUUUAAGGAAAAGGAGCGAGGAUUUAGCUAACAAUAACGUUAUAGUCCAGGAUAUUUUCAGUUAAGGUGUGGUCUUUUAAAAUAAUUUAUUUUUGUAGACUGGCCUUUCAGGUUCUAUUUUUUCAAAUUGUGUUCAAAAUACUACUGCCUUCUGCUUUGUGAAAGAUUGCUUACGUGUUGCGUGAUGUCUCGUAAUUCUGUAAAACUUGUGAUGUUUGAAAAAAUUGUCUCAGUGUUCCGAUAUACUGAGUGAUCUUAAUGUAUUUUACGUCAAAUUUGGCUGGACACUAAUAAUACGUGUUUUCCUGUAGAAUUUGUUUUUCUAUAAAAGAUAAAAUUCUGAA